CCCGCCUGGGGAGCAGCUGACAGCCGCACUGUCCAAGCGCGUCCACCUUCGGAUGGCCUGGGGGGCCUCGGCCAGGACUGCAAACAGAGUCCAGCUUGGAGCAGGCCCAACUCCUCCCAAGGUGCCCACGAGUUGGACAAUGAGGCUGGCCGAGAGAGCCGUGUGGUUGAGCCUGGUGCUCGUGGUUGCCAAAGACAUGGACGAAAAUGACCCGUGUGUCUAUGAAACCCUGCCGAAGGAAGACACGGGGCUGUGCAAGGACCUACAAGUUUUCUACCCAGAGCUGGGGGACGUUGGCUGCAGGUAUGUUCCAGAGUGCAACAACUACAGACAGAAAAUCACCCACUGGACCGAACCUCUAGUCACCUUCCCUGGUGCCGUGGAUGGUGCAACCUACAUCCUGAUGAUGGUGGACCCGGACGCUCCCAGCAGAUCACAACCUAGAGCGAGAUUCUGGCGACACUGGCUGGUGACAGAUAUCAAGGGCAUCGAUAUGAAGAAAGGGAAGAUACAGGGCCAGGAGUUAACAGCUUACCAGCCUCCCUCCCCGCCAGCGACCACUGGCUUCCACCGUUACCAGUUCCUCGUCUACCUUCAGGAAGAGAAGGCCAUCUAUCUCCUUCCCAAAGAAAACAAAACUCGAGGCUCUUGGAAAAUGGACAAAUUUCUGAAGCGCUUCCACCUAUCGGAGCCCGAAACGAGCACCCAGUUCAUGACCAAGAGCUACCAGGACUCGCCAACGUUUCAGGCUUCCGAAGGCGGUGGUCGAGUGUCCAAAAUCAAACCCAGGCACACGUAACUGCUCCCUGGCCACAAGCUCCACCUCCCAGCAGCGUGUUGUCGCCCACCACAGGGGGUCUGGGGGUGGAACCCCGCUCGUGGUACAGAACCUUUGUUUUUCAGAUUAAAAUAAAAUCACCCAGGGCUUA